AUGUUCCCACCGAAGCCGAGCCGUACGACUGAGUUGAGUUUAGUUAAGUUUGAGCCAAAUAGUAAAAUUAGAGUCAAGUUGCUAGAAGAGCCGAACCGUACGACUGAGUUGAGUUUAGUUAAGUUUGAAAUUCUUACUGGAUAUGCUUUAAUAGAUGGAUGGGAUAGCGUUGUGCAAAGACAGAAUUUCAAGUUCGGUGCUGCUGAUGGCCCUGAUAGUGCUGAUCUAUGGUGCUUCAUAGCUCAGGGAUUUAUUUGGUUUGCUAUUCAUCGUUAA